GGCGUCAGCAGGUGGGUGUGCCAGCAACAGUUCCCGGAAACUGUGGGAGUGUGUGAGCGCUGGGUGGGGGGAGUUAUUAGUUGGCAAGAGUUGGGACUGGAUUAAGUUCUCAGCUGCUGGAGUUUCUUCUUUGGCCAGUCUGCAAAGGCCUCUGAGGGCAAUGCUUCCUCUUCUCCCCCUUCUUGGCCCGUGUGGGGCUGGGUGGGUACAAGGAGCAGGAAGGGAUAUGCUGAGAUCUGCGGAGGUGGGUGUGUCCCCACCUGACCCAGGAGCAGUUCCUACCAGCCCAGCCAAGCCCAGACAGAGCAGGCAGCGGAAGCCGGCUUGGGGAAGUGGCACAGCGGCAGGGAGCACAGGUCUCCACUGCUGAUGAAGCUGUGCCCAAAGGCACCCAACCCUUGGCAGCCAUCUGUCCCUGCAGCCAUAGCCCACAUUCCCAUACCCUGCCUCUGCUUGCUUUGGGACCGUCGCUGUAUACCCACCAGGCCUCUAUCCUGGAGGUGAAGGCUAUGCCCUGACCCUCGUGUGCCCCAUGAUGUCCUCAGCCUAGCAGCACCCCCUCCCACUUUGGCACGAUGUUGGUUAACUCCUCGGCCAACACCUCUUCUACCAACAGCUCUGUUCUCCAGUGUCCUGACUACCGGCCCACCCACCGGCUGCACAUGGUGGUCUACAGCCUGGUGCUGGCUGCCGGGCUCCCUCUCAAUGCGCUGGCCCUCUGGGUCUUCCUGCGUGCGCUGCGCGUGCACUCAGUCGUGAGCGUGUACAUGUGCAACCUGGCGGCCAGCGACCUGCUCUUCACCCUCUCGCUGCCCGUGCGCCUGUCCUACUACGCACUGCACCACUGGCCCCUCCCGGACCUCCUAUGCCAGACGGCGGGUGCCAUCUUCCAGAUGAACAUGUACGGCAGCUGCAUCUUCCUGAUGCUCAUCAACGUGGACCGCUACGCAGCCAUCGUGCACCCGCUGCGGCUGCGCCACCUGCGGCAGCCCCGCGUGGCGCGGCUGCUCUGCCUCGGCGUGUGGGCGCUCAUCCUGGUGUUCGCCGUGCCCAUCGCCUACGUGCACAGGCCCUCGCUCUGCAGCUACCAGGGCCUCGAGGUGCGCCUGUGCUUCGAGAGCUUCAGCGACGAGCUGUGGAAGGGCAGGUUGCUGCCGCUCGUGCUGCUGGCCGAGACGCUGGGCUUCCUGCUGCCCCUGGUGGCCGUGGUCUACUCGUCUGGCCGGGUCUUCUGGACGCUCGCGCGGCCCGACGCCACGCGCAGCCAGCGGCGGCGGAAGACGGUGCGCCUCCUGCUGGCCAGCCUCGUCAUCUUCUUGCUGUGCUUCGUGCCCUACAACGCCACGCUGGCGGUCUACGGGCUGCUGCGGGGCAAGCUGGUGGUGGCGAGCCACGCGGCCCGCGAUCAGGUGCGCGGGGUGCUGAUGGUGAUGGUGCUGCUGGCCGGCGCCAACUGCGUGCUGGACCCGCUGGUGUACUACUUCAGCGCCGAGGGUUUCCGCAACACCCUGCGCGGCCUGGGCACUCCGCUCCAGGCCAGGACCUUGGUCACCAACGGGGCGCAGGGGUCGCAUGCGCUUGCCCUGCGGCCCAUUGAGACCAUUGACACCACUGGGCCGGAUGCCGCCAGUCAGGGCCUGCUCCGACCCUCCAACACCGGGACGCCCUUCACUCAGUGCCCCCAAGAUUCGGCACUCUGAACGCACAUCGUGCCAUACAUAGCGCAGUACAUAGCGCCGUCCACCCCCUACCCCCAGCGCCUUUCACUCUCGCGGGCUUGCGGGACGUGCACACAAGGGAGGUGGGCUGGGCACUUGGACCUCUGGGUGGGAACUCCAGCUCAUAAAUGCAGCAGAGAACAAAGUGUGGAAGCCAGGGUACAGGGAAGGAAGAGUGCUGCCAGGAAUGGCUUCUUUAAGGGGUGGUAGAGGAUCCCUCCUGCAGUCCGUAGGAAGUGAUGCAGUGAGUCUGCUCGUGCAGAGGCAGAAAACCAUGAAAUGCUUCCGUGGGGGUGGGCAUGAAAUACUGAUAAAAGCUGGUAGAUGGAACACAAAAUGAGUACCCUAGAUUUAGACCUGCCACAGAGGUCUGGGAGCUGAACAGUCCCAGGCCUUGGUGGACCAAGCUGCUGAGAAGCUCCUUCAUCUGCUGACUUCUGUCUCUGCUGACUCAUUAGGGUCCUGGAUGAAGCCACCCCACUCUUUCACCUAUGAAAAUAGUUUUGACCUCAUGGACUUCCUCCAAGAGUUGCUCCCUGGAUCACACUUUGAAAACCAUACUUGUACUAAAGUAUUAGAGUUCAUAACUAACUUCUUCCCAGGGCAUUAUAAACAGUUAAAAAAAAUACUAGGGAGGGGGCAGUGCUCAACAAAUGAGUUGCUACUGGUGGUCCUCACGGGUUGGGGUUUUCUGGGAGUGGGCAGUAGUAGUACAUCAAAUGGAACACAACCCUGGGUUUACCUGA